GUGGGGUAUAUAUAUAUAUACACGUAAUGGACUAGUAGCCACUCGCACACUUUGCCUCCUCCUUUAAGCCGCUCAAAUCUUACCCUAGCUCGUACAUUCCCCAUCCCUCAAUGUCGAGCACCACGAAACCUCUAGCUCCUUCAAGUGAGAGACGCAACCGGACAGAGGAGAAGCAACGACAUAGGUGGCCGCCGAUGCACGGAGCUCGACAGGGUCUAGCGGCAGCCGGUCAGUGGCGAUCGACACAGAAGGACUCGGACAUGUGCACGUUACUGAUUGUCAGGAGCAGCGGCAGGCGGUGGUUUGGGAAGCAAGCUCCGACGGCUGGGACUCAUAGAACAAUGAUCGACGUGACCGGAUCCAUGAUGAUGGUCGCUAGUUUUGACCAUAUCCCUGCCAGAAGAAUUGGGUGAACUGCUUGUGGAGGAGGUAACCAUUGUUGAUAGCUGUUAUCGACAUUGAUUGCAGCAAAUUGUUAUUGUCGAACGCCAAUGGUGGAAAAGGAGUAUCCAGCUCAGGAGACCUAGGUUAUAAUUCGUGAUACUUGUAAUGAUGCCUUAUUGGCUACAUAUGGUUUACGUAUGCAUGGAUCCUUGGGAGAGUUCGAACAGGGUAAUCAACGUGGAUAUAGGCAAGUAAAUUAAUAAGUUGAAGAUAUUACAUGGCUUGUGGACAAUGAAGUGGCGCCGUUGUUAUGAUUGAAGAGUGAAUCUGGGAGCUUUGUUGGUGUUUUGUGACUUCAUGAUGUACCAACUAAGGACGUGCGGCAAAUGCAAUAGGAGAGGCUAGUUACAUAAAUUAGCAAAGGAGAAGGAGACACGAAGGAGGUCGGGGUAGCGAUUUUGGGUUCAGAUGGCUAUGACACAAAGAUGUUCAUCCAGGUGCGUGGUUAAAGGGGGCUAGAGUAGUUCGUUAUCAUCCAUUUACGUUCAUGUUAUGCAUUUCAGUUCUUGUUUAUGUUAUUUUAUUUCUUUAUGCUUUCAUGUUAAGUUAAUUUGUUUACGUUCAGUCUUUAUGUUAAGUAUGCAUAACAUCAUGAAGCAUCAAUAAACUACGUUGUAAGUCAAGCAAAUACAAGUUCAGUUCUAAGCUAAUCAAGUGCAAGUUAAUAAGUUCAGAUCUUCCCCUCGUGGGAGAGAUCACCCUAAGUAAGCUCAAACUUCUCAAAUUAAGGAACCAAGUAUAAGCUUAAGUGCAUCUCUCCAUUGUGUGAGACAUUGAUUCAAGCAAGUACAUUAAGUUAUCAAGUUAAUAAGUCAGAAAAAGAUCAAACCUCACUUACUAGCUAAGCGCGCGACCACCUCACUUCCCAGAGUGAGGAAGUCCAUGUAUACUACCCACUCCUUCAGACAAGGAGUCCAUGUUCAAAUUCAUGUAUUAGGUACGGGACGGUCGCCUAGCUAGCGCGUGGUUACCUCACCUCCCAUAGUGAUGGAGGUCCAUGAUUAUCACGUUAUUCACCUCCCACAGUGAUGGAGGUCCAUGUUUAUCACGUUUAGGUGGCCGGGCGGGGCUCUAGCUAAGUGGAGGACGGGGCCCCAUGUUAAGAUAAAAUACGCAAGACACUUAUGAAGUAAACAAGAAUCAUAAGUUCAAGGAUUCCUAAAAAUAUACCAAAUAAUUUACUUAAAGCAUUGCAUGUGCAUGACUGUCUGUUUAUGUAUGAUAACGAAAUUAGGAUUAGGACUGACCGCAUCGCCCGUAUUCAGAAAUUGUAGAAGCUCUAGAGUAUGGCAGAAGUUCAACAGUUCGUGAUAAGGAUCAAUGGUUGUAGAGGACUCCAGUGCGAAGAUUUUAAUCUCGUGUACUUAGUAGGGCUUGAGACUUGAUGCACAUUUAUUAAAGAUGCUUGUGAUUUCCUUUUAUGCAAAUUUAAAGAAAUUGUUAUUUGAAUU